CGUUUCCCGGCGCGCGCUCGGCCCUCGGCUCUUUCCGGAGCCGCUCGCGGCGGGCGGCGGAGGCGCGCUCCGCUCCGCUCCGCUGCAGAUGUCGGCCCCGCAGGCGGCUGACGGGCCAGGCUGCUGGAGCCCCGCAGCCUCUCGAGAGCCGGCGGGCGGCGUCGGGGACGGCCCGGGAGUGACGGGGAGCCGGGCGGCCGCCUCAGAGAAGGAAGAUCUAGAAAACACCAGGGUCACCUCUCCAGCGGCUUCUGCCUCCGAUCCAGGGCCCCAGUCCUCACCCUACAGUCCUUGGACUGACCUGCUGUCUUCCUCCGAGAGGCUGCAGAUGGUGUCUCCGGGGAAGGAGGAUGUUACAGAAGGUCCGCAGAAAGCAGCCAGCGCCUUGGAGGUUCAGGCCUUGGCGGGGCAGGAGUUGCGGCCUGCAGACCCGGCCCACGUCCUCGACAAGAUGGCCAGGUAUCAAGCCACACAGAGGUGUGGAGACAUUGUUAUGAUCCAGUCUGAGCACACAGGAGCUGUGGAUAUCCUCUCAGCUGAUUUGGAAUCUGCAGACCUUCUGGGAGACCACAGGAAAGUCUCCCCAUCUCUGAUGGCUCCUCCGUGCGUCUGGACCUUUUCCAAGAUGAAAGAAUUCAAAAGCAAGCUGGGCAAAGAGAAGAACAGCUGUCUGGUGGUGAAGCGGGGUGAGGUGGUGACCAUCCGGGUACCCACCCAUCCGGAGGGGAAGCGUGUCUGCUGGGAGUUUGCUACCGACAACUAUGACAUUGGCUUUGGAGUUUAUUUUGACUGGACCCCUGUAACCAGCACUGACAUAACUGUGCAGGUCAGUGAUUCCAGUGAGGAUGAGGAUGAAGACGAGGAAGAGGAGGAAGGGAUUGAAGACCUCGUCCCAGUUGGAGAUGUGGAGAGAGGCUCCAGGAGCUCCCUGCGGAGCCGCUAUGGGGAGGUCAUGCCUGUGUACCGGCGGGACAGCCACCGAGACGUGCAGGCAGGCAGCCACGACUACCCCGGGGAGGGCGUCUACCUGCUCAAGUUUGACAACUCCUACUCCCUGCUGCGCAACAAGACCCUCUACUUCCAUAUCUACUACACCAGCUGAAGACCCGUGGGCACCGGGCCGGCGGUGUUUGCUGGCUGGAGCAGGCUGCCAGCUGGUGCUUCUCGUUUGGGGUAGGCAAGAGCUUGAAGUUGAGUGUGAGGCUCCUGACCCUCACGCCCUGCCUGGCAUGCCUGACGUUGACCCCACGUAGCUUCUGCCCCUUCUUGGCUUCUGCAGGUGGUGGUGUCGUGCCCCUCUUCCGUGGUCCAUGACUCCCACUCUCCUUGCUUCAGACUCAGGCACAAUCCCUCUACAAAGGUGCCCGUCAGGCAAAAGCCUAAAAGCAAGUCGAGCGUUGUCUUUUAAAGAUAGGCUCAUUUUGGUAUAAGGUGUAUUAUUUCAGUUGCUCUCUCCUCUCCCAGAGCCUUUAUUGCAGAUGCAUUCGGUGGUGCCCACUCUCUGUUUAGAAGGGCUGGAAGAGGGGAAAACAUGUCGUCCAUGAAGGAGCGAGUUUCUUGCCUGGAGAGGGUCUGCCCAGCCUCUCAACCACUGCCAUAUUCCCACCUGCUGGUCCUUCGCGGUCUCUAGCACAGGCCGGGAGCCCUCACUGCCUUGGACGGGUGCAGCCAGUCCUGAUGGUUCGCCUCUGCCUGUUUGCCUCCACUUUCCCCUUUCCUAGGCCUGUGUCUUUGCCCUCACAGCAAGAACUUCCAUGCAAUCUAAAGUGACGAUCAAUGUAACUAGGGUCUUCUGGGAAGAAAGUUCGCCUCCAUCACUUCCUGUUUCAGGAGGCCGUGUCCGUUACCAUGGGCACUGGUGGUUGAAGGGGAAAGGGUGGCAGUUAGGUACUGGAUGGAUGCCGGGACCCACAUCUUUGAAAGUCAAGUCUUACUAAAUUUUUUUUUGCAUAGUCAAAGGAAGUUAAAAAAGAAAAAAACAAAAACAGCACUCCAGAUUCCCAACUGUGCUUUUGUUUCUUUAGAGUGGGAGUGUUUUUUAGAAAUUUUGCUUUGGAACCAAUCAGACUUCCUAAAUUCCCACAUUUAGGUUGCAUUGAGGGCUUAAAGCUUUUGAUGUUUAGAGUCUCAUAGGAAAGAUAAUAAUGAGCUUCACUGUUGGCUGCUGGUUGGAUUAGUUCUUUACCAGGCCAGACCUCGCAUUCCCCUGGCGGGGCCACUCCCACUCUGUAACCCUGAGGCCCAGGAGCCCCUUGGGGUGGGGCAGCCAGUGGCCACCAGGGUGGCAGGGCCUCAGGCUUUGAAGGGACCGCUGUGGUUGUUGGUACUUCCUGGUUUCUUAUUUCUUGUGUCAAGUGAGUUACGUCCUCAGAAUGUUGAGAAAUCAUUAGAUUUAUUUAUUACUUUAUUUAUUUAUUUUUAUGCACAUUUCAUUUUAUCUUUGAAACAGUUUCCAUCUGUUAGAAGGCUUCCGUCUGCUCUGAGCCACUGAGGCCACCUCUCCUGUGGAGUGAGUGUUUUAGGAGAAGUUGGGAAGUGAUAAUGUUCCAUUCCUGCAGGUCAGUCCUGUGAUGCUUCAGGAAGAAUCUGCCCCUUCUGAGACGGAUGACGCCAACCUACCCAGCAUUCCCUGUGAGCAAUUCUAGGUUGUGAGAAAAUGUGCCCAUUUGCCCCGGGUUGAGGACAGAGGACUUGACUAGCCAGUCAGGUAUCCUGUGACUCCUGGAUGUCAAAGUCCUUUGCCUCCUCUGAGGAGUCCCCUUCUUCAGGUUUCCUCUGGCUCAUUCCUUCCCGUGUGAGUGCCUCGCCCCAGGCCUCCCCUCCGUGUAGGGACAGGAAACGGAAGCACAGGGCUCCUCGCAGUAGGUCUGCAGUGGCGGCUGCGUCUUGAGCAGAGGCGACACAGCCUGCUCCUCCGGUUUCCCUGGGCGCAAAGCCCAGAGGAGGGCGGGAUGUGGUGGGCUGCCCUCGCCUCCCCGCUCCCUGGGCAGCAUCGCACCACCAUUAUUUUAUAUUUGAGUGCGUUUUGUAGAGGAUUACACUGGCCAAAAUUUAUACACCUUGUAAGAAAUUAGAAAUUAUUUUCUAGAUUCUGUUUGGGCAGCAAAAAGCCAACCCGCUCUGCGCUGGCCCAUCAGGUAACUGAAUGACCAACCGCUCUUUCGUCACUGAUGCUGAAUCAUGCCUUUGCUAAUAGAAUCUUUGUAACAUGAUUUUCUACUGAGCUGCUCUCCGGUCAGCUAAAGCCUUGCUUGUUUUUCUUGCCUAUUAUUAACUUCUGACUUUCUCUUAAAACGGAGCUGCCAGGCCACAGCAAGCUCCCUGGGUCACACUUACUGUUUAUUUUUGCCGUGAGAGUCUCUGUGUUUAUUUUCUUUGGAAUCCUACUUCUGUCGCAUCAGGGAAGCCCGGGGACUUGUUCCCGUCGCCUUUGUGUGCCUCUCACUGUCCAGGCGCUUCUGAAAAGUCUUGGACGUUCCUACGUUUCAUCCUCUGCCGCUGUUUCACUAGCAGUCGGGUUUCUUUGUUCCAUUUGCACAAAAUAGCUAAAAUAAGGUAUUUUUAAAAAUCCAUUCACUAUGCCCAUGUUAAAUUCCUGAAAUUAUUGAACUUGAGGGACAAAAUAAUACUUACUGAAGCAUAGAUAGGUGCUGAGAACUUUACAGCCCAGCAAAUCCUAAGAGGUAGCUGUCUCCUCAGUCUCUCCCCGUCCACGUUUACAGAACCAGACUGUAAAAUGAGAAUCAUGUGUUUUCGCCUUCACCCUGUCUCCCAGAGCACAAAUAAACAUUAACGGUCAAAAGAUAAGUACUUCCCCGCAGGAGAGACACUAGAAUUCUCUACACACAGUGGCUGAGUCCUUACAUUUUUCCCAUUUGUUUAGUUUUUGAAUUGGUGCUUUCAGAAAGAAGAUGUGUUUAAAGGGUUAAUUUUUUUCCAACAUUUUACUAUGAAAAAUUUUCUGCAGAGUUUUGAAAAGGAAUAUAUAGUAAACAUGCUUAUGCAUACCACCACCUAGAUUUUAAAAUUAUACGCUGCUAAUUUUCAAACAAAGAUGAUCCUACCACUCUUUUCCUUUCGGCAAGUGUUCAGUUAGAAGCUGUUCCCUGCACAGACGUCAACUGCCCUCGGUCAGAGAGCCCCUGGAUCUUUGCAGGCCUGUUUCUUUCAACAGGAGUUCCCAGGGAGGCGGUCCUCACGAAAGUGUUUCCUGGCCUCCAUCUUUCUAACGCAAGCUGUUUCCCCUCUUCCUCAGACCUUAAGUUCUGCUGUGUUCUUCUCCAGCACGCCCGUGUUGGAGUGAGAGUGACUGUGAAGCUGCCAGGGCAGGACUUUAUUCUGAUCUCUUCUGCUUUAUGAGAACAUCCUCAGGACUCAAAUUAAAACUCAAGCCUCAGACGAUGUGUAGCUUUAUAAUGGAAGUGGUAGCAACUAGAAAUGAGGCCACUCUUGUUUUUUUCAUAAUUGAUUCAUGCACUUUAAAAAUACUUUUAUCUGUUAUUUAGGAAAGAAACACUGAGCCUUUAAAAUGUAUAUAUUGUCCCCCGUAAUAUGUACGUGGAAGAAUUAAAUCUGAAAGCUCACUGUCUCACUUUAAUCAGUGGGAUUAGAUAUUAUGGUAAAACACAUACAAAAUUCUGAAUUGUGUUGAUGAGCCUUCCCCAGUCCCCUUGGAAGAAUUAAGUGAAACCCAGACCCCAAAGCCUGUAUUUCUGUAUUUAUUUUGUAAACCACUCUUCUGUAAAAGGUCGCUUUUAACCCCAGAGUAUGUGGUCCUAAGGUGCAUUGCAGAGUGAUGCUACACUGACAUAAAAGACAGUUGUUUUCGAGGACGAGGCAGGAGUGAAAGUUUUGUACAGCUUCAGGGCUGCCUCGCUGGACCGACUGCAGGCCAUGAAAACGAGACAAUGAAGGGAAGAGAGAAAAGUUAUCAAAUGUAUCCUGGAAUUUUGCUUGUGUCCUGAUUUUGUUUAGUUCUUAAUUUGCAUUUCAUUAGUUGGAAAUUGUUCUUUAAGCCAGUAGCCUCACGGGAUCUCACUGUGCUUGUUCUAGAAAUCCCAAACCCACUUUACUGCCUUUUCCAAUAGGAUCAACUUUAGAAAUAGUUUAGAGUAGGCUUCCUAUGCUAACUAUAAUCCUGGCCUGAUGUUUGAUUUCAUCGCUGUGUUUUCUGGGGCCGCCACAUCUAGUGCCAUGAAAAAGAUGGUGAGUUUAGAAAGAAGCCAGGCAGAGUUACAGCUGUGUCCCUGUGGCCCCAGGUGGUUUGACUGUGGCCGAGAAAGGGAUGAAAUGGAUCAGUUUUGACUCACGCCAUGGAAGAGCCUCAAGACAUAAGAGUAUGUUUGUGAGCAAACUGUGCCCCUGUAGGCUGACCUCCCUGGGAGGUGUAGCGAUCACCAUCUUCCUUAAAAUGGGUGGGCUGGUUUGUUUACACAUAGUAGUAAAUGGGAAAAACCAAAUAGACACAGUUGUUCCCCCUGUUCGAGCUUCUGUUUGCAUAUUCUCCUGAGUCUAAAAGAUCCACGUGAAACUCUUUAGUCUCUUUCUGUAGAACUCCUGAAUCUGCUAGAACAGGGAAGAGCACCAUCCCUCUAGCAUCUCAGAGGUCGAAAGAGUUGGAAAAGUGGGUUUCUCUCUGAAGGAAGGUAAUUUCAUUUUUGUUAUUUUGAGGGGUAGCUUGCUAAGGGAUUUAUGCUAUUCAGGGGGCAAGUUAUCACAUCAUUGUUUGUGCUCAGGGAACUGUGACGCAUGAUUCUUUGGGGACUGAGUAGGGUGUCUAAAACCAGUUAUGGCCAGUACUCCAGCCUGUGCUGAGUGUCCACGUGGCCAGAGUCCCAGUCUUCACACACAUGGGACCCUGUCCCUGGGGACCUUGUUUCCACACAGCUAGAGAUGCAGAGAGGGACUAGCCACCUUCCAUUUCUCUCUGAUGUCUUGUCUCUGGUACUUUAGCACUGGCAGCAUGAUCUCCAAGGCCUCCGUUCACCUGAUUAACCAGAAUUAAGUAAUAGCGAUAUAAAAUUGAGUAGGUGCAGCAGUCAGUCAUGGUUGGAAGUAGGGCUUUGUUCUUUAAACCAGAAGCCCCACUGGCAGGACAGAUGAUGACUCACAGUCCCAUAGGGAUCCCUGGGUAACUCACCUGUGACUGCAGUCGGGACCCCUGUUAACCUGCCAGGAGGGUGAAGAGGAUGCGACAGUGCUACACCGAGGGGACCGAUGGGUUCAUAGAGUUGGCUCACAAGUAGAGCGAGCCCUCCAUCUGUGGGAACUGUAUUCUGUUGUUACUGGCUGUAAGUGUAACAUUGGUGUGAGCUCACAGCUCCUCAGCGCUCUCGGAGUCUGACCUCGGGGCCCACUGAAGGAACCAGUCUCCUGCAGGCAGUGACCUCGGCGUCCUUCAAAGGAGAAGCCCCCGGGAGCUGGUUCCUGGCAUCCUCUUUUCUGGGAAGGCGGGCAGGCCCUUCUGCAAGGACUGCUUUGGCUUGGCUGGGGCCUGCUCAUGGUCCGUGUCGCGGCUUUGCUCUGUCUGAGCAGUGCAGCACCUGUGGACACUUAGUCGACAUCUACCCAGUUAUUUAUGUGAUGAGGUUCGGCACCCAAAGGAUGAGAAGAACUUUGCUGUGGGGCCGGAUUUCAGAAAUCCCUGCUCCCUCUGGAGAGUUGCCUCGCCCCUGCCUGAGUCCAGACGGCCAGAGCCCCUCCCGUUGGAGUCUCUUGUCACCAUACUCAGAAAACCCAAUUAAUUGCCUGAAGCCUUGAUAGUGGGGCUUAUUUAUAAGUAGUCAUUCCCUCAAAAUCUAAGUCCAAAGGCAAGGCUCUGGCUUUGAAAUUAUUUCUAGUCCCGGUCACUGCUUUGAAUGUAUGAUUUCUAUUACGUGUACUUUGAUUUCUUUUAGGCCCCAGGCAUGUGGGCCAGAGCUAAUUUCAUGGCUCCUCUUCGCCUGGAGAGCUGAGGAAAAGGUGCCCCAGUAAUCCAGAGAUACAGACUCUCAAAAUUAAAUUCCAUAGCUUUAUGUCAUUUUAAGUGGUUAGUUUGGGCUUAUCUAGGGGUAAAAUGUCAUACAUAUGUGAAAUGGCUUUCAGGGGACAAAGUGUGUUUUCUAAAAGUUCUGAUACAGGGUCAUGAACAAUUCUAAAAUUUUGUCCUGAAAUAUCAUAGGAUAUAGGGUUACAGAAGAGCCCUUACCUGGCGGUCACUUUAAGGAGUUAUCUUCCUGAACUCUCAUCCUCACUUAGGUUAGAAAUGCCUUGUCUGUGACUUUUUAAAUAAAGAAUUUAUUUAUUUUUACAGAGAGGGGAAGGGAGGGAAAAGAGAGAAACGUCGAUACAUAAAAGCAGUAUUGAUUGGUUGCCUCUCACAUCCCCAGCCAGGGACCUGGCCCUCAGCCCAGCCACAUGCCCCGUCCAGGAGUCAAACUGGCGACCUUUCGCUUUUCGGGACAACGCCCAACUCGCUGGGCCACACCAGUCAGGGCUGCUGUUGUUGAUUUUUAGGUUCAGGCAAGAAUACUCUGAGAAACAUUAUUUUAAUUUCUUCUCUUAUGUCCUAAAUAGUACAUUUAACUAAGAAAUUCCAUAUUAAAAACUCCGCCAAUAUGCCUUUCUGAGAUUAUUGCCCCAUAAAUGAAAAAUUUUUUCGUUUAAUCAAAUUGAAUUUUUGCCACUUAGCCACAUACCCACGUUUCCUCAAUAAUGGGAAGUUUUCUGAAAUUCCCAGAAGAGAGCUGCUUCGUAAUCAGAGCAAUGGGUUACGAGAAAGCUGUUUGAAUAGGGACAGUGGGAGCAGAGGGACGUGUUGAAGAUUCCCCCAGCUGCCGUGCCCACCCAGCUGAUUUCCGAAAGGCCUGCGUGGCCGCCACGCACCGAGCUGUCAGCCAGUUGAAAGAUGAGCACGCUUUGUUGGUAGAUGUUUAAGCAAUUGGCAACCACAAAGGCGUUUUCCCUUAUUCUGUCUCAUGUAUCGACGCUGACAUUACAAAAAGGGGUCUGGAAGGGAAAGUCUUUUAUUUAAAAUACAAACAUUUUAUUUAAAAUAUCUUAGCCAAUCACUUAUUACAGCCAACUUGUUUUACAUAUCUUGUCAUGAAAAAUGCUGCCAACAUCUCCUGUGAUUUCGGAGAGCUCUGUACCAAACUGCUAUUUAACCAUCACGUCCUGCUGAUCGGCUUUUCCUUUAAAAUACCGCGUUUCUUCUCCCUGUCGCACCGGUGUGUCGCUGUGACACGCUGGUGGCCCCGGGCAAUGGUUCUUUAUAUAGCUCGGUUCUUGUGUUUUUAUAUCAUGGAACAGUUUUGUGAUGCUUUUGUGCAUUCUCUGUCUUCCCUUCCCGGUUUUGAAAUCUGUCAUAAAUAAACUUUUUCACUAUGCACCUGAAA